AGCACCUUCUGGCUCUGCUUGCAAUUGGAGCCUGGGCAAACAGCCUUCUGACAAAACAUGUCUUCAAGGACCUAUGGCUCUGCAGCCAUGGCGGUGGCCUGUGCAGGCGCCGGCGCCUUUCUGAUUCCCGGCCAGGGAGUCGGCGGUGCGGUAGCCCCUCGUGGUCACGCCGGGCCAAAGGCGGAGGCGACUGGUGCGACGCUGUCGGUGGCGGCGCCCUUGGCACUGGGUACCGCCGCGGUGGCGGUGGCGUGCAAGAGGCGCACGCAGACUCGCGCAGUGCAACAACGUGCUCCCUUGCUGAACGGGCUCGAGGAUGCGAUCCAGAGCAGGUUGGAGGAGCGUUUGAAGAGGCAGCACAAGAUCGCCUCGGAGAUGCAGAGGAACAACGACGCCUUCAAGAAGCAGCUGGAGGAAGAGCUGGCCUCCCACAUGGGCCUGAAGGACCAGCUGAAGACGAGGAUCCGCGCCCUGCAGACGAUCUACGACGAUGCCAACGACAAGCUGGAGCUUUCCCAGUCCCUCUCCCAGAAGUCCAAGGAGAGCUGCUGUGAGCUGGAGGAUCAGGUCUCCGACCUGGAGCGGAACCUGAGGGAGGUGGACUCCAAGAACAGGGCCCGGAUCUCCCAGCUGGAAGGCGAGGCCAAGGAGAAGGAGGUGAAGCUGGACCAACUGAACCUGGCGACUGGGCGCUUGCAGGAAAGUAUCAGGGAGCUGGAGGAGACACGCCAGGUGGAGAAGAAGGAUGCAUCUGAGCGGGAGAGCAGCAGAUUCGCCAGACUUUGCAGAUCCGACAGGACGCGCUUCAAAUGGCCAUGCAGCACAAUGAGUCAGUGCAGCAAGAGCUGCGCAGCUGCCGCGAUCAACUGGAGGCGCUGACGCAGAAGGUGGCUUCCGCCGAGGCGGCCUUGCUGGCACAGAACAACAAGAACCAGGAGCUCCAGGGCAGGCUGAACUUGGCGCAGGCGGAUUCCAAGCGCCUGAGCUCGGAGGAGCAGAAGCUGCGCCAGGAGAAGAGCGCCGCUGUCGCGCGGGAGAAGAUGGUGCAGGAGAGUUUCAAGAAGUGCGAAGAGAGGGAGAAGGCUCUGAAGCAGAUCAUCCCGUUGAUGGAGGCAGAUGAGAAGAACCUCAAGGGCCGCAUCGGCAUGCUGGAGGGCCAAGCGACCAACGAGAAGGUCCUGUCGCUGAAGUUGCAGGAGAGCGAGCAGGAGAACUCGGACUUGGCCUCGGAGGUGAUGAAGCUGCAGGAGCCGCGCUGAAGGCCAAGGACGUGGAGAGGGCGAGGCUGGAGGCGGACAUCAAGGCCUCCGAGGACACCAGCAAGCAGGCGAUCCAGACCGCCAAGGGCAAGGAGGGCGCCGCCACGCAGGCGAAGAAGGUGGCCGAGGAGCGCGCGGCACAGCUCACGGCGGCGGCCAACCAGGCGAGGGUGGCCCGAGACCAGGCCAUCAAGGAAGCCCAGGGCCUCCGCGCGGCGGCGGACCAAGCGAAGUUCGCAGCGCUCCGCGCUGCGGACUAUGCCAAGGACCAGGCCCACAAGGACGCCGCGGACCUCGCGGCCAAGGCCAUUGCUGCAGCCAAGGCCGUGGAGGCGGCCUGCGCCACAGAGGUGGAGCUGGCGCAGCAGGCCCAGGUGGCGCAGCAGACCGUGAAGCAGUUCUCGCAGUGAGCGGCCUUUGGGGCCUCGGUCGUGGCACUGUGGCAGCGAUUCUCCGUUUCAAGGCUACGAUCCCAGCGGCCCAUCCUUUUCGGCGGCCGGAGCGGGAGGGUUUCGGCUGUGGUGGGCGCAU